AUGGCGAGCAACGGCCUGAUGAAGCCAGGACGCACCGCUCUCUCCCUCGCGAGCGGCACGCUCUGUGUCCUUUCACGCACUCCAGAGAAAGAGGAGGAGGCAGCGGCCGAGAAGCACUUCACCUCUUGGUUCUCUUCGCGGAAGGAGGAAACUGAACAGAGGAUUGCAGCCUCCCUCGACCAGGCGGAGGAAAAACUGAAGACCCAUCAUGACCAGUGGCAGGAGGGGAAAGCUGGUCCCCUCAAAACCAAUGAGGAGAUCAAGCUUGUCCUUCUUCAAGCUCAGGAGGAGAUACAGCUGCUGAAAAGGAGCAGAGAGGAGGAGGAGGAGCAGAGAUGGGCAGUUCUUUUGAGUAAGAAGGAGGAGAAAAAAGUAACAUCAAUUUAUUCAAUGGCGUUAACAUCUAAGGCGGAAAAGAAAAAUCAGAAGGAGCUGGCAAAGAAGAGGAAGGACGAGCUUAAGAGGGAGAAAGAAGUGAAGAAGCUCUUGGACAGAAAGGAGAAAGAGCAGAAGAAGGAGAAAGAGCUCAAAUGUGUAUGCAGGCUGUUAUCAUCGGUGAUGUCUGGAACAGAAUCUCACACGGACCGGGAAGAGGACUACAAGUUUCUCCACAGCAUGUUAAUGGAGAAGAAGCUUCACUUGCUAUUCAAGAUCCAUGAGCGGCUGAAGCGUUUCGAGAAGCGGAGUCCCAUCCCCGUCCAACAGCAUGCGGCUGGUCUGGCCUCCGACCUUGUGGAAGGACUGCUGUAUAAAGGAAGGAGAGCUGAAGUCAAAGAGCUAGCGGCCCUGGUAUCUAAAGCCCACUUCAAGAGUUUCCUGUCUGUCCAUGACACUGUGGCCCGGAGAGACUUCGAGCCCGUUUUGCCACCGGUGCCCGAUGGCGUGCUGGAGGAGGACGAGGACUCGGUCAAGAUUGUCAGCCUGGUCAAAACCCAAGAGCCCCUAGGGGCUACAGUAAAAAGGGAUGAGUCCACGGGUGCUAUCGUUGUGGCAAGGAUUAUGAGAGGAGGUGCCGCGGACAGGAGUGGUCUCAUUCAUGAAGGAGACGAACUGAAGGAGGUCAAUGGAAUCUCACUGGAGCACAAGAAGCCAGAGGAGAUGCUCCCACUUCUUGCUCGAUCUCAUGGCGAAGUUACUUUCAAAGUGAUUCCUGCUUUCACCAAGGAGGAGCCACUCGCACAGAGGAAGAAGUUGUUUGUGCGGCCUCUUUUCAACUAUGAACCCGAGGAAGAUCCCGCUGUCCCCUGUAAGGACGCAGCACUCGCGUUUAAGAAGGGCGAUGUCAUCCAGAUUGUCAGCACAGAGGAUGACACUUGGUGGCAGGCCCGACACUAUGGAAAUGGACCUAACCGGGCAGGGCUCAUCCCCUCGCAACAGCUACAUGAGAGGAGAGUUGCCCUGCAGCGACCUAGAGCCUUGUUCAAACCACGACAAGUCAAACCAGCGGUCAUGGAGGAUGCAGACUAUGGAGCUUUAACAGGAAUCCAUGUUGGUGAGAAGCUCCCCCCCCCCCCCAAACCUUUCAGGCACUGGAAAAGGAACCCACCUCUCUCACUUUUUAUGUCCUAUGUGAUCUUUGUCUGCCUUGUAAUGAUCAUAUUCAUCUCCUGGAUCACCAACUUGCCAUGGUGGACAAGCUUGUGUGUACUAAUGAUCCCAAGAUCUAUGCCUUUCGGAGCUUGGCUCCUGGUAGGGUCACCCAAGGCGGACAGCUCAAGUGGGAGGUUCCAGACCGAAGCACAAUCCAACAAAGACCUCAACGGAGGAACUGGUGGAAGAUGUCUCCAGGUCCCAACGGCAGUGAAGGCGGAUGAAGGCUGCAACAGAGGGUGGUCCCCAAUCGUCUUGGUUCUCCAUGCCAUUGGAUUCUGCCCCCCCCCCGCCAAGGACCGCGUGGUGGCUACAGCUGGUUUAAGAAGGAGUUUCCGACUGGGCAGACGGGGAAGUUGGAGCAGAGAUGCCCAGUGCAGGGGCAGGAGUGAUGGAGCAGAUGGCCUACCUCAUAUCCCAACUUAUAUGGAGGUAGUCCCCUACCGCAGAACUCCUAAGGACAGCCACCGCCUGGUCCUCUUGGUUGGGCCCAGUGGUGUUGGUGUUAGUGAGCUGAAGAGGAGGCUCCUGAUCUCUGACCGCGACAUAUAUGGUGUCACCACACCAUACACCACGCGUGAGAGGAGAAAGCAAGAGAAGGACGGGUUGGACUAUCAUUUUGUCCCGCAGCACAUCUUCGAAGAGGGCAUCCUCAUUCAUAGGUUUGUGGAGUAUGGGAAGUAUAGAGGACACUUCUAUGGAACAAGCCGGGAUUCAAUUGAGGAGGUGACAGCGGAGGGCAAGGUCUGCCUUCUGGAUGUUCACCCAAAUACGAUAAAAAAUUUGUAUAGAUGGGAGUUCAAACCGUAUGUGGUGUUUGUGAAACCCCCACGCAUCGAGGAGCUGCGCCUCACCAGAAGGAGAGCCAAGGUUACCUGUAAUGAAGCGGUCCCGAAUCCUGCAAGGAUGUUUUCAGCGGAGGAUUUUGAGGACAUGAUUGCCUCGGCUGAAACCAUGGAGAGCCGAUAUGGCCACUUGUUUGAAAAGGUUGUUGUCAAUGGUGAUAUUGCCAUCGCAUUCAGAGAGCUGAAGGCAGACCUGGAGAAGAUCAGAGGUGCGGAGGUGCAGUGGAUUCCUGCAGACUGGAUCCGCUCGUCAUCAACCAAAGUACACAGAUCUUGAGAUGGCCUUGCGGGCUGGAUUUGAACCCGUGCGGAGACCAAAGCGCUUACAGGACAGUAUGCCAGCCAUUAAAAACAAAGGAAAUUCCUCUUUGGUUGAAGGAAGUUGUUUCUUCUACUUACCAUUCCGUCAUUUCUGUGCCAACUAGCGAUAUGGAUUUUA